UGCAUCGUCACACUUGAGUCCCUGCAACCAAUCCUCUCCUCAAGAUGUUCUCCCCGGUAGUCUGUGGCUGGACGCAUGAAAUGAAGCUAUCCCCGCUUUCUCUCCUGCGGUGAAGAAGGAUAUCCCUGGCCUGUCACCCACCUUGUGCCUUGCAUCUCGGAGCAUGAACGGCAUAGCACCAACAAUCACGUCGAAAUGUCACUCUGCUAAUUACUUCGCGGCUGUUCCUGGCAGGCCAUUCGCUCCUGAGAAUGGCCCUAGUUUUGUUCGUCCUAUAGCGCGAAACCCCGAGACUCCCAAUGGAAAUCGUCACGUCCAUCACUUGGAAUCACCUGCACGGGACAUCACAGCUCUAGAGACCGACUUUUCACGAUAAAUGUGACUUUCUGCUGACCAUCGUGAGCCAAGUGGCUUCCUUUCUGACUCAAUCCUUCGACCAACGUGCAUUCUCACAUUCGGUUGGAUGCCUUUGAAUGGAUUUAUUUCUGCUGAUCCUUCAUGAAGCCGAGCCCGAUGGGUAAUGGAUAAUGAGGUCUCCAGAAUUAUAAAAAGUGAGGGAAUUCCUGUGAUGUCUACGAUGUUUGAGUUCUCUAUCACUAUCUUUAACAAUUGAGCUGGACUCAGGAGUAUUACAAGUUCAUUCUAUUUUUAAUCUACCUGCUCACAUCAUCCAUCAUACGCUCUUCAAGAUGAAGCCAUUCUCUCUGGUCACUCUCUUGUGCACCAUGGCCACAGCUGCAGUUAUCCCUCGUGAUACUGUCUUCGAUGGCCAUUGCUGCUUCACGUUACAAGAUGUGGCAACUAGUGCUACAGUUCAACAAAACAGCGACGGCAACUUGCUGCUUAAUGCCGGCAAAACCAACGGCUUCUACUGUAUCGAUCUGUCCAAUUCUCAAGACAUUCUUCGAGACAACGCCUUCAACGCUUGCUUUCUAAGCCCAAGCGGUGCUCUCAAAUGCGUCGAUCCAACGCCUGGUUUCCAAUCAUGGACGUUACAAAAGAGUGGCAGCAAUACGCUUCUUGAGCACGAUGGAGGAAGCACGUUCAACUCCUGCUCAAAAACUUCUACGAGUGCAAAAGGCACUGUUCUAUAUGGAGACAAACACACGGAUGCCACGACGUGUAAGAAGGUUACACUGAAGGCGAAGAAUUUCAAGGGCACAUGCAAGAAUCUCUAGGGUUGAUGGGGGACAUGCAUACAAUAUUUGAUACCCAUUCUUUACACUUAGUUCAACUUUCUUAGUUUCUCUUGAGCUUUCAUUUUAUAAGUGAUAAAAACAGUGCUGGCCCCAUAUUUGCAAGGAUGAGUGAGAUGAUACGGCCAUAGAUUAAUAUCAAUGGUGCUGUCAAAGCUUGGCAAAGAUCUCGUUUCUGGGGCCUCCAUACACAACUGCGAAGUCCUUCGCAAGCUGUUCUCGAGCUGAAACCUUUUCUCGCUUCGUAGUGACAUUCUUCCCUUCCAAGAAUCGAUGGAAAAUAUCCAGCGACACUUGAUCACCGUCACUACCAGCGUCAACAAAGAGAAGAACAGACACUAGUAAAUCUGCCACAGCCCAGAGAACUUCCCUGGCAUCUCCCAUCAAGUCUGCCAACGAUUCUCGUUCAAUACGCUGCCUCAGGCU